GUGACGUGCCUUGACAGUACCGAUGCGGAGAAGAGUAUUAUUACCAAUCACUCAGUGCAGACGACAAUGUCUGGAAGCAGCGAUUCCGAAGAAUUUUUUGAUGCAGAGGAUGAUACUUUUCAUCAUAAUGCACGGAAAAAUAAACAACGUGAUUCUAUCAGUGUUGAAACACAAAAUAAGGAUACAUCAGAAUCAUCCAAAAAAAUGGAUGAUGAUGUUUUUGUGAAACCUGCUCAACCUAAACCAAUUGUAGAACCAAAGGAACAUGUAAUGAUAGAAUGUAUAGUUAAUAAAGAUAAAAAUGAAGAAAAUGGGAAAGAUUCAAGUACCGAUAAAAGUAUAGGUAGAAGAAGAUUUCGUGAACUCAGACAACGUAUGCAAACAGAAGAUGAUGAUAUUGCAAUUAAUAGUUCCCCUCCAGAUAGUCAAACAUCAUCAAUCGAGGGUGUUUAUCCUACUCCUUCAAAGACAACGCAUCCAUUUAGGAUUAUAGAACAUGAUACUCUUAGUUUACAAAGCAUGACAUCUUUAGGACGAGUGGGCCGAAUUUUAGCUGGAGUUGGGGACAGUGCGUCUACUACACUUGCACCAAAUGUAACCCAGUGUCCCCCUUCUGCCAUCCUUACCCGUGAAAGCCAGAUGUCCUCCAUUGCUAGUAUUCCAAGCAAAGACGAGGACACAGCAUCUGGUAAGGUGUCCCAGUCCUCCAGCAUCCUUACGUUAUCAGGGGAUAUCCUUCAGGAAUCCUCUGUUAACAGUAGGUCCAAUUAUAUUUCUCACUCACAAAAUGAUAAGACUGUUAUGCUUCAAGAACCUGAUGUCAUCGCUAGUACAAAGAAUAAUGGAAAAUCAAAUGAAGAUAUUACUAUGGUUGGAAUACCUGUCGCACCACCAAGACGUAAAAAAAAGUCAAAAGUUCAAACACCUUCUGAUCUUGCACCUUCUACAACGGAAUCGGCAUUAUCAGCGUCACCGUUACCAAGUCCUGCGAGUACUAUCGAAUCCAUUACCAGAGAAUUUGAACAUUCUCUUGAUAUUCGAUCUGCAACGAAAGGACAAUAUGUUGUUAAACCACAAGAUGAAGAUAAGUCGAAAGCCGAAGGCCCAUCAACCGAAGAACUGGAAAGGGUGGAAAAAAUGAAAGCUGAAUUAAUGAGCGUGAGGUCGAGUGACAAAUCUAAUAGUCCAUUGGGAUCCAUGUCUAAUAACAGUAUCGGUCGAUAUUCUUUAGGUCCUCAUAAAUUAUCAGGUUUAAGUCCGCAAGGUUCAAAAGAAAGACGAAAAUCAGCAGGUGAUCAAGAUAUGGUUCAGCAAUUAAAUAUGUUUGUAAGAACAAGAACAGAUUCUGGAAAACGUUUGACAGAUAUGGAAAUCUUGGAGCAAGUAACUGUUUUAAACUUGGAUACUGGAGAAAGAGUACCAUUGAGUAUAGCAGAAGAUAAAUUACCGCAAUGUAUUAAUCCUUUAUCGCUUCAUAUUAUGAGACUUACUUCAGAAUAUAUAAGUAAUUCUAGUCUAGAAAAAGAAAAAGAAAGUGACGAAGAAAGUGUUGAUAGUAAAAUGUCUAGUAUACCACCGGAUGAAGAUGUAUCUGUUGGUAGAGUUCGAAAAAAAACACAAAAGUUAAAACGAUUCUUAGGAUCUACUGUAAAAAAAACAAUGGACAAAGCAAAAUCUAUUGCACAAGAAGUAUCGCAUGCAAGACAUAAAGAGGAUGUUAUGGAUAUAGUAGAUGAAGUAUAUCCUGGUGAACAGCAGUAUAUAAAAUUAAAAGCAUCUAAUAGUCAUAAAGGACCAUAUGAAUUUAGUUGUUUACAGCAUGUUCAAGAUUUGAGUGGCGAACAUGUAGGUCCUGUUUGGUGUAUGAAAUUUUCAGUUUGCGGACGAUUACUUGCUACUGCAGGUCAAGAUCGAGUUUUAAGAAUUUGGGUUUUGCGGGAUGCUUUUACGUAUUUUCAAGAUAUGCGAACUAAAUACAAUGCCGAGAAAGUUAGCCCAACUCCUUCCCAAGAAUCUUUGGUUUCACAACAAUCUAUGGAAGAUCCUAAUGUUGUGGCUAGUGCCUUUAGUGAAAUAGAAGGGACGAAAAGUCCUUUUAUGCCAAAGCCUUUUUGCACUUAUACCGGGCAUACCUCGGAUUUGCUUGAUGUUUCAUGGUCCAAAAAUUAUUUUGUCCUAUCAUCAUCAAUGGAUAAAACUGUUCGACUUUGGCAUAUAUCACGAAAAGAAUGUUUAUGUUGUUUCCAGCAUAUCGAUUUUGUUACAGCAAUAGUGUUUCAUCCUCGCGAUGAUCGUUAUUUUCUUUCCGGAUCAUUGGAUGGUAAACUUCGAUUGUGGAAUAUUCCAGAUAAGAAGGUGGCUGUGUGGAACGAAGUCGAUGGACAAACUAAAUUGAUUACUGCUGCAAAUUUUUGUCAAAAUGGAAAAUUCGCGGUGGUUGGUUCUUACGAUGGCCGAUGUAUAUUUUACAACACGGAUCAAUUGAAAUAUCACACGCAAAUACAUGUUCGAUCAACAAGAGGUAAAAAUUCAACGGGAAGAAAGAUUAGCGGUAUUGAACCUAUGCCAGGUGAAGAUAAAAUUUUGGUUACCUCAAAUGAUAGUCGUAUACGAUUGUACGAUUUACGAGAUUUAAAUCUAUCAUGCAAAUACAAAGGUUACGUUAAUGUCAGUAGUCAAAUUAAAGCAAGUUUCAGCCCAGAUGGGCAAUAUAUAGUUAGCGGCUCGGAAAAUCAAUGCAUUUAUAUUUGGAAAACUCAUCAUGAUUAUUCUAAAUUUUCAAGCGUACGUAGAGAUCGAAAUGAUUUUUGGGAAGGUAUAAAAGCUCAUAAUGCCGUAGUGACAUGUGCAGUGUUUGCACCAAAUCCAGAUAGUAUUAUUAAACAAAUCGAAGAGAGAGAACAUUGGGAAAAUAAAGAGGAUGCAAAAUUAGGUAGUUCAACCGUAGAUGUUCCUCCCGUUGAUCCUGUGGUCGAGCAGCGUACUAAAGGCUGUGGUGGACAUGUCCUUGUGAGUGCAGAUUUCAAUGGCUAUAUAAAGGUUUUUCUAAAUAAAACAAAACCUAAACAUAGUUCUUUACCAGCAUCUGCUCUCGCGUAACACAACAUUAGAUUGAUUUAUGCACUAUUGUUAAAACAAAAAAGAUCAAUAAGAACACCAAUAUUACAUACAAAUAUUUGUUUUACCUCAGUGAAUUAUAUAGAACUCGCUGUAUGCUGUUUUUAAGGUAAAUACUUUUAAGGUAUUAAAUACUUUCGAAAACAGAAUAUUUUGAGAUGCAUGCCAAAAGGCUUACUUCACAAUAAGAAAGCUUCUAUAAGAUAGUUAGGAAUAUUAAAAUAUAUAAAUUUGUGAUGCUCAGGCAAUGUAUAUAUAUAUCUAUAUAUAUAUAUAUAUAUGUGUAUAUAUAUAUGUAUAUAUAUGUAUACAUAUGUAUAUAUAUAUAUAUAUAUAUAUAUACGUAUAUAUAUAUAUUUUUUUUUAUUAUUAAAAUAAGCAACAAAAAUAUCUUUUAUUUAUUAUAGAUUAAAUAACAUUUAUAAUUUUUAUUAAAAUUUUAAGUAAACAAUACAAAUCGUAUCAAUAUAAUUUUAUAAGAUAUUGUAUUUUUAACACUUUUUUAAAUUUGACAUAUUUUUAUUCAUUUUUCUUUCUUAUAUUAUAUCUUUUCGGUGCUGGUUCACUGUGGUCAUGUACGUGAAUGAAAUCUUGCCGAAAUUAUGGUUAAUGGAAUUGUUCGUUUUGAUUAUAUCUAUCGACAGAAAGAGCACCUUGGUGAAGAAACAAAGUAUAAAUAAAAACAAGCACGCAAGCAAUGGCCGAAUAGAACAAUUAACGAAUUGUAUGAAUAACCAUUAAUUUAUAUACUUGAUGAUCCAUCAUUAGGCCAUCAAUGUUGGAUAGUAUUUAGAACGUUUUGUGAGAAUCAAAUUGGAUUUUCAAAUCCUGAUGGUUUCUAAAAUGUCUUAGAACUUUACCAUGAUAAGAUAGCGUAAUACAUCGAAGACAAUAUAUUAAUUAAAAAAAAAAAACAAAAAAAAAAACAAAAAAAA